GUUAAUAUAGAUAAUUAAUAUAAUGAGACACACCACAGUUGUUCUGUUUUAUUUCUUUUUUGUUCAUCAUAAAUUAACUCGAAAACUUCUCUUUCGUGAUAUUUCAAUGACAGUCAUCGUGGCUACUUGCAGAUAUGCUUACGUACUGCAACAUAAAGCGGUACAUACGCGCGACAGUACAUGUUCUGCAACGUUUGUCUAGUGAACGGCACGGAAAGUGAGGUAGUCGCACUUUAGUCAGUUAUGCGAAAAGCAUUUUAACUUGGUAGAUAUCGACUUUUCAAAGAAAACUCCACCUUUCAUGUUAUUGUUUUUCUUGUACGCGUUAACUUUGAGUCAAGAAUGAGGAAAUGAGUGAAAAGAAUGCGGAUUGAUAAUUAUCGAUCGCGUUUCUCAUAUCAAAAUGUGUCGAUAGAAUAAGCAUGACUGGAUUAUUGUUCAUUACACUGAUUGUGACUUGUGUGGUCGCGGGAUUGCGACUACCUGCAGCUGAAGAAAAACAAAUAAGAAGAUUAACACAAGAUUGGGCACCUUUAGUAUGGCUUGCGCCUGGAGAACGAUUCUUGCCUCUUGGUGUGACUGAAUUUCUCGAUAACGUGCAAUCAGACCAAUAUUAUCUUCGCACUAAAAUAGACGUAGAAUCCUUAUUAAAGAAUCAAUCGUCCUUCUUAUAUGGCCGAAAACCCGCUGGAACUGUGCCCGUCUAUGCUCUUGUGAAAAAUUGCGUUUUCCGAGACAUGCGAUUACGCGUAACGAAAAAUAAACCAGCGCCGAAGAACAAACAGAACGCUGUAACAUUGCUACAGGAUCCGGGAGUUUUGUCUCCACAACAGAUUGCCGAUACUAAUGAUCUAAAAACACACUUUACAUUACAAGAACAAUUGCAACAGAUGGUAAGAGAACCACGAUUUGAAAAAAUCAGAAAAAAAAACGGAUAUCAGAAGAUUCACUUCCAUGUAACUUAUUGGAUGUUCUAUCCGUUCAGUGAGGGAAAAACAAUUUGCAUGCUGGAUCUUGGAUUUCUUGGCAGCUGGCCAGUACCCACUGUGGGUGGUGUGUGCAUAGGUACGCUCAAAGAAUAUGGCAGUCAUAUUGGCGAUUGGGAACAUAUGAGUCUUUAUUUCCAGAAUAAUGAGCAUCCUUUGGCGAUGUACGUGUCAGCGCAUGACGUCGGUGCAUUUUAUCGGUACGAUCAGCAAAAUGGCACUUUCAUUUACGAAAGUCAAGAAACAAGGAAGGGUCUUUUCCAAAAACUGACGUUUCCUGAAAAAGUUUACACGGCCGGUGGUUCGCACCCGAUUUUAUUCAGUGCACGCGGUUCCCACGGACUCUGGACAGCUCCAGGAAAACACAAGUUUGUUCGAGUCCCUCGUCUGUAUGACGAAAGUGGAUUUGGAAUCGCUUGGCCGACAUGGAAAAGACUGGAAUUGCUCUUAGAAAAAAAUAACGAGCCCUUACCGGGCUGGAUGAUUUUUAAAGGCAAAUGGGGUAAUCCUAGCAGUAAUUGUCAUCCGCUAGCAAAAUUAGGUUUGAACAUUUGCGAAUUUGUAGAUGGUCCGACUGGAAUUCCUAUGAAAAAAUAUAAUUUUCAGUGUUAAAGCCUACGUCAGUCAAUUGAAUAAGAACUGUGACAGUCCUUAACUAUAAUAUGUGCUUAACACUUACAAAAUAAACGAAUGUGAUAGUGCGUGCAAAGCGUCAAAUUGUCGGCGAGAUUUUAGAACAAGAAUGCAAGAAGUGAUUUUUUUUAUAAGCUAAAGGAAGAUUCUGCCAUCUCAUUU